CCUUAAACUUCGCUCGGCACGUUUUCCGUUUCGCGUCUCGUGCUGAGUACCAUGCUUUUGCUUGUCGUUUCCCCAUUCUUUAUCAAUUGCCGUUCGAGGUAGACAAUCAAGAUUUGGUUAAAAUUCAACAACCACCUGUCGAGGUGGCUUAAUGUGAUUUUAUUCCGCUUUUCAUUUUUGUUUGUUUGGACAAUUUUGAAGAAACGUUGUUAAAAACCUUUUUAAAAAGUGCGCUGAAUUAGUUUUCCAUUAGAAAAACAUUAUGGAAAGUACUGAAGGAAAUUCGCUACAAGCCCUCAGACAAAAUAGAGGCAAGGUAGAUAGUGGUUUAACUCAUGAGUGUGGUGUUUUUGCGGCUAUCGGAAACGAAUCAUGGGAAGCGGGAACUGAAAUAGCGCAAAUUGUUUUAAUUGGACUACAGGCCUUGCAACACAGAGGCCAAGAAUCAACUGGAAUCGUAACUAGUGAGGGCCAUAACGAAUUUAAUGUACAGAAGGGCAUGGGACUUGUGAAAAAUGUUUUUACUAAUGAAAGCAUUUCUCAACUCACUGGUGUAAUGGGAAUUGGACAUACUAGGUACUCUACUAGUGCCAAAUCAACUGCAAUAAAUGCCCAACCUUUCGUUGUGCAUUCCAUGCAUGGGUCAUUAGCUGUGGCUCAUAAUGGAGAGUUAGUAAAUGCCUCCACCCUAAGAAAACAGGUUUUAGAUAGAGGAGUGGGACUUUCUACCCAUUCAGACAGCGAACUCAUAACUCAAGCGCUGUGUUUGAUACCUCCAGAUGGAGAAGUGAAUGGGCCUGAUUGGCCAGCUAGAAUUCGGCAUUUAAUGCAGUUGGCCCCUUUGAGUUAUUCUUUGGUAGUUAUGUUAAAAGAUCGCAUCUAUGCGGUUAGAGAUCCUUACGGAAAUAGGCCACUUUGCUUGGGAAAAAUUUUAGCUUCAACACAUGAAAUGGUAAAUGGAUUUACAGAAGAUAUAGUUAAUAAAAUAGUAGAUGCGGAAAAACCGGCCGAUGGCUGGGUAGUGGCAUCUGAAUCGUGCGCCUUUAUGAAAAUCACACGAUAUAUGAGGGAAAUUAAACCGGGGGAAAUCGUCGAGUUGACUAGAAGUGGACCCAAAACUAUUGAUAUCAUUCCUACGCCUGCAGGAAAAGCGAUGGCGUUUUGCAUUUUUGAGUACGUCUACUUUGCAAGGCCUACAAGCAUUUUUGAGGGCCAGGAGGUAUAUAACGCAAGAGUUCAUUGUGGAAGGCAACUUGCUUUAGAACAUCCUGUGGAGGCUGACAUUGUUGGAUCUGUACCUGAGUCAGGAAACGCCGCAGCACAUGGAUAUUCACUGCAGUCAAACAUCCCGCAAGGCGAAUUGCUAGCCAAAAACACCUAUGUAGGAAGAACAUUCAUACAGCCAAGCAACAGAUUGAGGCAAAUGAAUGUGGCAUUAAAAUUCAGCCCGAUAUUAACCAACGUAAAAGGAAAACGCAUCAUAUUGAUCGAUGAUUCGAUAGUUCGAGGAAACACUGUUGGUCCCAUCAUAAAGUUGUUGCGAAAAUCUGGAGCGAAGGAAGUGCACAUUCGAAUUGCCAGCCCUCCACUUAAAUUUCCUUGUUAUAUGGGCAUAAACAUUCCCACGCGAGAAGAGUUGAUUGCUAACGCGAAAGAUUUUGAGGAUAUUGCUUUAAAAGUUGGAGCGGACAGUUUGCAUUAUUUGAGCGUGGAAGGACUAGUUCGCGCCGUCCAGAAGGAUAUUAAAGUACAAGGUAGGAAAAUUGGACACUGUACUGCGUGUCUCACUGGAGAGUAUCCGGGAGGUGUUCCUGAUAAUCUCGACUGGUAAUAAGGGAUAAUUCCGAUAUAAGUUCAACUUUUUAUUUAGUUAGAGUUUGAUUGAUUAGGGAAGAAAAAUCUUGAAUAUGUAGCUAUAGUUUUUGGUAUUUACAAAACUCCUAAAUUCAAUUAAAUUGACCCUAUGGGAUAAACAGGAAAUGGAUGGAUAAUGCGCCUUCUUUCAGUAUUAAUUUUACAAGUUUAGCGCAUAUGCAUACUUGCUUGUGAUUAUCUAAGUUAAUAGUGUUAGGUUAAUUUUUUAUGUUAUAUAUAUCAACUACAUAUAUAUAAAACUUACUAGAAAAAUGAGAUAGAUGCGAAUUUUAUUCGCAUUUUCGGCUCUGCUUAUAAAUGUAUCAAAUUUUCCGUCGAACUUCUGAACAAUGUGGAGAACACCUAAUGAAGAAAAAUGUUGCUGGUCAAACCUUCUUCUUUUGUUUGUGAAAAGUUUCUAUUCUAAGUUUAGCCUAUUUUUAAGAUUUUUUAAAAAUGUUAAAACGAAUCAAGUAAAAAUKUAAAAAACGACAAAAAACUUCCUGAAAAAAUCCGACUUGAAUUGCUUACCAUCUUGCCUUAUUAAAUUGUUUUUAUUAUUUACUUCUGACGAACCWCUAGACUUCGAAUUAUUAAGGUAAGCAAAGCAGACGAUGGUAAAGUUUCGGAUGCAAUUCGCAUUUUCAUCWUGUUUUGUUUMUUUUUAAUUCAGUUUAUAAUUGCAUUUAAAUAUUUUAUUUUAUUUUUAAUUUUUCACUAAUGUUUCUACGCGAUUUUGUGAUUUAAUUUGUCAAGGGCGCAUUUUAAUCUUAUGAUUGUCGUUUUUAUACAAUUUUUGUAUAAUUGUUCUUCGUUGGAUAUUGCGAUUUAUUGACAAGUCUCUUGACUAAUUAAUAUCAUGAAAAAAAUCCAUGUUUUUCCAGUAGUUCAUAAUUUAAAAAAAAAAUAUAUUGUUUUUCUUUUUUUUGCAUUUAACAACAAUUUUAACACAUUUUUCGAACCACAAAUUCAAAAGCUUCAAUGUUUAAAAAUGAUGUAUGCUUUCAGCUGAUUAUGAAUGAGCCAUUAACACUAUGUAAAUAAUAGUAGGUUUUGUGUCUUGAUAAGACGCAAUAGCAAUGUCUAGCCGAAUCGCGACUAACAGUAAAAAAUCGUCUUAUUUUUACGUUAGAUUUUUCUAUAAUAGUUAAAUUUAUAUUAAUUAGUUAUUUAAAAGUGCCUUUUAAGUAUAUACAUUUCAAGUAGUAUGGUAUAUUAAAGAAUCUCGAAAAACCACAAAAAUAAUAUUUUUUGUUGUCCAAAAAAAUGGUAUUACUAGUAUAGUUUUUUUACUUUCACAUGAAUAUUGACACCAUAUGAUCUGAAUGACUCCAUUAUUUCGUAAAAAAAUUACAAAGGUAUAUUCUAUAUACAAUAUUGCAAUAUUGAGAACACACAUAAUUUAUUGUUUCUUGCAUUUUUCUGUUAUGUUACUAUAAUGUGUACGCAUGUAUUUUAUACAGAAAUACCUGGAUGUACUAAGCAUAAUUAUUCUAUGCAAAUGUUUUGUUUAUAUUAAGUAAUAUUUUAAAUAAUUUGAUUUGUUAAAUAAAUACAAUUUAUAUUUGUAUAGUCUGCAGAGCUCUUAAAGAAAUAAAGAAGUAUUCUAAUAAAA